AUGUCGGGGGGUCCCGAGGGCACCGCCACGCCCCAGCUCAGCGACGUGACACUGACCCCCCCGUGCCCCCAGGUGCUGUCGCUGGGCGCCGACGUGCUCCCCGAGUACAAGCUGCAGGCGCCGCGCAUCCACCGCUGGACCAUCCUGCACUACAGCCCCUUCAAGGCCGUGUGGGACUGGCUGAUCCUGCUGCUCGUCAUCUACACGGCCAUCUUCACGCCCUACUCGGCCGCCUUCCUGCUCAGCGACUCCGAGGAGGCCCAGCGGCACCACUGCGGCUACUCCUGCAGCCCCCUCAACGUGGUGGACCUCAUCGUGGACAUCAUGUUCAUCAUCGACAUCCUCAUCAACUUCCGCACCACCUACGUCAACUCCAACGAGGAGGUGGUCAGCCACCCCGCCAAGAUCGCCAUCCACUACUUCAAGGGCUGGUUCCUCAUCGACAUGGUGGCCGCCAUCCCCUUCGACCUGCUCAUCUUCGGCUCCGGCUCCGAGGAGGUGACGGACGCCACCUUUGCCCUGCGGGGCACCUGA